AAAAGAAAGAGCUGGAUCUCCGAAGAUGAUUUCUACAGACCUUCUCCAGGAGAGAGCAACGAAAGCACGGCAAGCAUCAACGGGUUCGGACCGGAGGGGGCUGGCGAGAGCCUGGCCCCGGGGCUGAUCAGCGCUCUCGAUUUGGAAAGGCUGUCGGUGCCGUCCUCAGAGAGUGGGAAACCCAAAACAUCACCCGAACGGGAACAAAAGGGCUUCAGUGUGGUGCAUCGCAGGCAGAUGGGUCUUUCCAACCCUUUCCGAGGGCUCCUGAAGCUGGGCAGCCUGGAGCGGAGAGGAGCCAUGGGGAUCUGGAAGGAGUUUUCCUGCGAGCUGUCACCGCUGGAGCUCCGGCUCUUCCUGGACCACGAGGAUCGUAUCUGCGUCGAGAGCUAUUCGCUGCUGCGGUGCGAGGCGCUGGCGCUGACGCACUCGGAUGGCCGUUUCGAGCUGGUUUUCCUGGGGAAAAAACUCUACCUCCGAGCUCCUUCUCGAGACGAGGCGGAGGACUGGUUGGACAGGAUCCGCGAGGCGCUGCACAAGUGCCGGCCUCAGCUGGAGGAGGACGAGUGGGAGACGCUGGAGUGUCCAGAAGACAGUGGCGAAGGUCAACCCAUCCAGAGCGACUCUGCUGCUCUCCUCCAGUACAGCGAUGUGCCUGGGAACGGCUUGGACUGGACUCUGGCUCACGAACCGGAGCUGGAUGCAAUAAAAGAAACUGUUCUGUAUGUGGACAUAGACAAAACCUGGGUGCCCUUUAUUUUUUCCCUGUCUCUAGAAACUUUAAAGUGCUUUAAAAUCAGAAACAACGAUAAAAUUUUAAGCAACAGUUACGGUAUAGAGACCAUCCAGGACAUCCUUCCAGACACGAGCCUUGGGGGACCCGCGUUCUUCAAGGUGAUCACCUCCAAAGCCAUCCUGAAGCUGCAGGCUGAGAACGCAGAAGAAGCAGCAUCGUGGAGGGAGCUGGUCCGCGGGGUGCUCAUGUCCUACCUGGAGAGCGCGGAGGAGGCGCUGACGCUGGGUGGCAGCUUGGACGGACACUCCCAGGUCAUCCUGAAGAACAUCGUGAAGGAAAACGGGUUCUUGUUGCAAUACCUGGUGGCCAUCCCCCUGGAGAAGGGCUUGGACUCGCAGAGCUUCAUCUGUGCAGGCUGCUCCAGGCAGAUCGGUUUCUCCUUCGCCAAGCCCAAGCUCUGUGCCUUCUCCGGGCUCUACUAUUGCGAUAGCUGCCACCGGGACGAUGAGACAGUGAUUCCCUCGCGCCUCAUCCACAACUGGGAUCUGACGAAACGAGGG